GUCUCUCGCCAUGAUGUCACUUCCGCGUGCGCCAUCUUGGGGGUGGAUGCGAACAGAGAAUUGUAAGGGGAAAAGGAAGAAUGGCAGAGAACGGCGCUGCGGGAGAUGGCAGCCAGGCCAUGAACGGAUUUCACCCGCCACAUAACGCGGAGCCUCGUCUUCCUCUGCCGUGUCCUCCUCUCUGUCCAGGAUCAAGAUUCAUGUGAGGAUGACAGGAAGGACGGACACAGAAUGAAUGACUUGAACUUGAACGCCGUGGGCAUGGACCAGCUGAGUGCUUCCUCAGUAGCCAACACCCUGCCGGUCUCAGGAGGUCACCUCUGUCUGACAGCUUCACCGCCACACAGUGCUCUCACCACACCAGGUUUACCAGUGGCUAUUCCUAACCUUGGGCCAUCUCUGAGCUCACUCCCCUCUGCUUUGUCAGUCAUGCUUCCAAUGGGAAUCAGUGAGCGGGGAGUCAUGUGUGGUAUACCAGAACGGAAUUACACACUACCACCACCACCAUACCCCCACCUGGAAAGCAGCUACUUCCGGCACAUUCUCCCGGGCAUCUUAUCGUAUCUGGCAGACCGCCCCCCUCCUCAGUACAUACAUCCCAGUUCAUUGAAUGUUGACUCUAGCGGUGGCCUCACCGUAUCCACCAAUAAUCCUUCUCUGGACCCUUACCAGUCUGGGAGCUCUGUAGGACUGGAGGUAGGAAUAGUAUCUCUGGACUCACGCUCGGUGGGUGGACAUACUGGGCAGAGCUUGCACCCCAGUGAUGGUCAUGAGGUGGCACUAGAUGCAGGGAUUAGCAUGGAUAGUGUCUCCCGUGUGAACAGUCCUAUUACAGCUGACCGCAUUCCUGAAGAGCUGACAAUAGAGGGGGUGACUGGGGAUCAUGGACAGAUCACCAGUGUGUCACGUCCUCAUGAACCCCUUACUGUGGAUGCCAACCUACCUCCUGAUGCUGUGGGUCAUGGUGGAGUCCUGCCAUUGCACAGCGGAUCACUGGAGCUUCCUGUUGUCAUGGAGACAGAACAUCACAUGGGCACCAGGUCCAGCAUGUCAGAAAACUCUCUUACGGACGCCAUCCACACUGUGGCCUUGAGCAAUAACCCUGUCAGCGUGGCUCUUUCUACCUCACACCCGCUCUCGUCCCUGACCUCGGUGUCUUUACAUGGGAACAGCAUCAGCUUGGAGCCCGUCACAGUGACCUCCAUAACAUCAGAUGUCUCCCUGCCUGGUGCGCACGUGGAUGCGGGCAAUCUGACUUUUGUUCCAACCUCUCUACAGAUAGACUCCAAGGAAAACAUGGCCACCCUGUUCACAAUCUGGUGUACUCUGUGUAACCGGGCGUAUCCCUCUGACUGCCCUGAGCACGGCCCAGUCACCUUCAUACCAGACAACCCCAUUGAGAGCCGGGCGCGCCUGUCCCUUCCCAAGCAGCUGGUGCUGGGACAGUCGGUGACAGAAGCAGAAGUAGGAGUAUGGACGCAGGAGAGUAUUUCCGUUCGGACUUGCUUUGGACCUUUAAUAGGACAAGAAAGUCAAUCUCUUGAAGUUGCCGGCUGGACAGACAAAUCUGCUAACCACAUCUGGAAGAUUUACAGCAACAAUGUGAUGGAGUUCUGCAUCAUAACGACGGACGAGCAUGAAUGUAACUGGAUGAUGUUUGUCCAGAAGGCCAGGAAUCUGGAUGAACAGAAUCUUGUUGCUUAUCCUCAUAAUGGGAAGAUCUACUUCUACACCACGCGGGACAUCCCAGCACAGGAGGAGCUGCUGUUCUAUUACAGCCGGGACUAUGCUCAGCAGAUGGGUUUACCUGAGCAGCCGGAGAUGCUGCUGUGUCACUGUGGGGAGGAAUGCUUAUCCUACGCCGAGUUCAAGUCUCACCUGAGCUGCCACGUUAACAGCCACCUCAGCAGUGAGGACACCGGCCAGGCUGUGACUCCCAGCAAAGAACGGAAAUGGAAGUGCACAGUGUGCCCCCGCUCCUUCUCGUCCUCCUCCAAGCUUAAUGUGCAUUACAUGGGGCAUAUGGGCAUGAAGCCCCACAAAUGUGAGUUCUGCAGCAAAGCCUUCAGUGAUCCAAGCAACCUGCGCACUCAUCUAUGGAUUCACACAGGACAGAAGAAUCAUCGCUGUGUACUCUGCGGCAAGUUAUUUACCCAGAAAGCUCACCUGGCCUCGCACAUGGUUAUCCACAUAGGGGAGAAGAAUUUAAAAUGUGACUUCUGCGAGAAAAUGUUCAUGAGGAGACAGGACCUGAAGCAGCACAUCCUCACUCAUACUCAGGAACGACAAAUCAAGUGUCCAAAAUGUGACAAGCACUUCAGUAGAACGAACCAUCUGAAGAAACACCUCAACUCUCAUGAAGGCAAGCGGGACUAUGUGUGCGAAAAGUGCUCAAAGGCCUUCCUCACCAAAUACCACCUCACCAGACACCUUAAGAUCUGCAAAGGCCCAAGCCCUACCACACUUACUGAUCAAGAUGAGGAAGAGGAGGAUUCUGAGGAGGAAGAAUUAGUGAGCCCAGAUUGUAAUGUGUUCACCACAGACGCACAUCUAUCAUCGCACACAUGACACAAACUGUAUUUAUUUUAUUUAUUGUGUGCAUCUGGACUGAUCUGUUUUCUCCACAAGUCUGUAUAUACUGAGGUGUCUGUACAAAUAAACCAAAUGUAAAAGUCCUGG